AACAAAAACAAAGUCUAGAAACUAAACUUCUUAAACCAAUUGUGUUGUGUGUUCAUAUAUGUACUUAUAGAACAAACAUGCAACAUUUGAGAUUUGUAAUAAAACAGGCUGCAGCAGCUGUCGCCCAGCAGCAACACUUGCGCCCAUUGUCAAUCCAUUGGAAUUUGGCCCAGAACCAAAAGCCGGUGGGUGGAAAUCCAGGUGCACCCAAGCCCAGAGACACCCGGGGCCCCAAGCCGUCUGCCCAGAAGAUCACCCUCAUCCAGCAGAAUCAGUCGAUGAGCAUAACCACCUUGGAGGAGGCCCAGAAAUUGGCCAAAAGGAGGGAUCUGCACCUGUUGCGCUUGGAGCAAACGGAUGCCAAAACAGGAAGAGCAAUGUUCAAACUAGUCACUGCUGCCGAAAUGCUGUCGGAUGAUGCAGAUCAGUCGAAAUCCUCGUCCGAUAAAGCCAAGGAAAAGAAGUCCGAGAAGUCCCUUACCAUUGGUGCCCGCAUCACAGAGCAUGAUCUCUCCUCAAGGCUCAAGAACAUUGUCAAGUGGCUGGCCAAGCGGCACGAGGUACGCAUCCUCAUUCAGGGCAAUUCCAGUGGAUCCGAUGAAAGCAGCUCCGAGCGCAUCGUCAAAGCCAUCGAACAGACCAUCAAGGAGCCACAGUUGAUUGGCAGAAUAGUUCAAAAGCGCAGCAAGAGCAGCUUCAUUAAGUUCAGCAUUAUCCCAGUUGCUGCACCACCUGUCGCCGCUGAUAAACCCAAUGCAGUCCAGUCCUGACAACUACCGCCGUUGCCUCGGAUGAGCCAUGAUAACGGCACGGUAAUAGCAAAGCCUCAGAACUUCGCCUUUCAAAUGUCUGCCCGCCAUUUUUCUGAUGGGAUCAAAAAGGAACAUGAAAAGCCCGUCGAGAUAAGUACCGCUUCCAUCAUCACAACUGGUGCUAUUUUUCUUUUGUUUUUCUUUAAAUAUUUCUACUGGCAUCAGCAUUUUAUGAAACUCAAGAAGGAACAAGAACAAGAAGCCCAAAGAAAGAACACAAAAAAAAGGAAAGAUCUUCCUGACCACCUUGAUCAAAACCUGAACAACAACGAUUAGUGCUUUAAAACCUGUUUUAAUAACUGUUAAUUGGCUCAAAAUUAUACCAUUAUCAUAAAUAAAACACCAUCAAAUCGUA